CGAGCGUAACGUGUCGCCGCCGUUCGUCUCUCAUGCGUGUGUAUACGUGCGUGUCGUGCGCACUGUGCGCCCGCUGCUGUCUCCCUCUUGAGCCCUACCGCCCGCGACACACAGCGUGUACGCCGCGCGCGGUGCGUGCCAUGGGAAUUCGGUGAACGCGCGGUCUCGGAGCAACGUGGUCAGCCGGGGCCGUACGAUACUCGCCGGUGUCGUCGGCAUUGUCAAUGAGCCGAGUGUCCCGUGGACAACGUCGAAGUCGCGAUCUGAUAAAAUGUGCCGCGCGGUAAAUGCAUUGCCUUCUAAGUUCGCGGUUAGAACCGUUAGAAGAGAGCACAUUUCGCCUCCGCUGAGAACUCCGUAUUCAUCCGCUUGAAUUCUCGACGUUCCGAGCGUCGCGAGUCUUCCUUACUUUUCUCGAUGUCUCUGUGAAGUAGGCGACGGAUAAACUCAGGCGCAUCGUCCCCGAGGAAAAUGACUACGCUUUGUGUGAAAUCUAUGAUCGAUGAAUCCGAAAUAAACGCGGUCCCAUCGCGGAGUAUGUUGUCCUCCUCGUGACAGCCGUUUACAAACGUGUACUCGCGCGCGCGCACGCAUACGUGUGGUAUAUGUGUGUGACUGGGAAUGUAUGAUUACACAGUGAAUAAUAACUAUUUUGAUAGUCAAUAUCAAUGGGACAUAUGAAUGGAAAACAAAGCGAAUGCUAGUUUGGCAAAUGGUGAAGGCAUUGAACAUUCGCUUUAGCCUGGAAGUAUAAAGACAAAAAUAAUCUGCGCAUACGCUUAAUUGUACAUCACAAGGAGAAGAAUCUGCUGAGCCUCUGUAUAUACAGCGACUUUAUUCGUCUUUUCGAAAUAUAAGUGAGCGAUAUACAGACAGCUCGUAUCUUCAAAAUGGUGUGAGCUGUCAUAAACCUCCUGUUGUUCCCAGCAAUGGGUUAUACACGUCUCGUGUUGCGCCACAAUGGGCGCUACCAUACGAUUUCAUGCAGUGGGUUGAUCGAGGAUUGUUAGCACACAACACUGCGUGCAACGCAUAUAAUUUAAAUCACAAGGACAAAGGUACCACGGAAUCCGUCGACUUGAGUUCCGAAUAUUCCACAGAGUUAUUGAAAACGAUACAUAAUGACAGCAUAGUGAAAUCUAGUGCGUUGACCGGUGCAACUGACGAAUCAGUAUCCUUAUACACAGACAAGCUGCAUGAAGAAGUACACGCGGAUACUUCGGGUAAUUCUCGGAAAGAUUUUGUUGAAGGGACCUUUAACUUAUUAAAUAUCGUCGAUCCGACGGUAUUCUUGUAUCGCAGUGCGAGAAAUAAAGUAGGAAUUUCGGUUGAACCGCGAGACAAGAUUUCUUAUCUCGACGAGACGGACAUUAGCACCUCUAGAAGCCGUGCGUCGAAGCAUUCGACGACAGACACGAAUGACGACGCAUUGAGAAUCGUGUCGAACAUUAUCGAACAGUGCGAGCAAGCUUUAGACGAUUGCGUCACUUCCGUAUCGGAUAACGAGCCGCUUGAUUUAGUAAUAAAUUCAAAGAGAAAUACACUUGAACAUACCGUUCAUGGCGAAACGGACGACCGACUUAAUGAGUACUUAUCGGUCAUCGAUAAAGGGACGCCUCCAGUAAGCCAUGCCAUUUUGAAAGACACAAGUCAUUCCCCUGAUGCGCAAAGUGAUCAUAACGUAAGGUACAAGAAUUACGGUUUACUGCAGUUUUCCGACCUAGACAAAGUAUCAUGUAACUCGGACAGAGGCAAGGAAUUAUUGAGCGUCGUCAGGAACUUGCACACCGACGACGAAAUAAGUAGAACGAUUGUGGCGGACGACAACUUGAAGGUAGAGAGAGCGUACGAUAUUCUGGAUAAAUACGUUACGCACGUGUUACCUUCGCGCUUGAGCGACGCCAAGCAAAAAGGAUUGUCCUGGACGCGUGCACAAUCGAAUGUUAAAUGUAACAGCAUCAAGAAGGAGUACGCUACCAAGGAAGAAGCACACAAGACGGAGAGCACUGUCUACAAUACAAAAUUAAACAAUUGGGAGUAUCUCGAGAUGUCAGGACAGUAUCCGGGACAUAGCCGACCACCGGUUGGCACGCCUCCGCCGCACACUGUCUGGAACCACCUCACUAUGACGCAAGGUCAAGUUUCAGGUCUCAAUAUUCACCCGACGGCGUUGUCCGGCGCCGCGCUGAGUCCGGCCUUUUACACACAUCAGACCAUCAGCCGAACGUCUCAUCUGACUCCGCAGCACGCUCACACGCAAGCAGCACCGACGUGGCACACGCCUACGGUACCCCCGAAGAACGUCACGCCGGCGAGCACGACGAACACACCCCUGUUUAAUCUACAAAUGCUGGUGGACAAUAGGCAAAACCAAAAUCAGUACAGAAACUCACCGGGGUCGCAGAGCACGCUGGACCUCUCGUCCACGUCGGAGAUCAUCCCGGAGAAUUACUCACGAAUACCUCAGGAUAUUCCCAUCAGUCUCACCGCGAGAAACGUGGACAAGGGCAGUCGGAAUGGCAACAUAAUCUCACCGCCGAUACCGUUGAACGGCGAGACAUCGUCGGACAGUGGUAUCAGCUCGUCCGUGCCGACUCCAAACUCUGUCAGCGAGCCGGUCUCGUUAUCGACGAAGGAGGUCACCACACCUAAGAUAACGGUGAAGAACUUCGAGAGCAAUUUGAAGGGAGUCGCGAAUCUCCACGAUAAGAUUAAGGAAAUGAGUGUAGAUAAUUUUACGCAGAAAAUGAUCAACUUACCGCCCAGCGUGACGAUAGAGAGGGUGGUCGCGGAGAAGAAAGAGCCUGAGGUGGCAAUAGUGGCGGCGGCGAAGGCUAAGGACACGUUGAGUGUUAUCGCGCAAGUGCCAAGAAACGUCUUACCCGUUAUAGUCAAUCGCGCGGCCAAGGAGAAGGACGUCACGGACAGUCCCAAAAGAGAAUCCUCCUCCGAAAGGGACAAGAAGCUCGACGAGACUAGCGUGAGGUCGCCCAAGAGCUUGCCAAAGAGGGGUAAGAAGGGCGUCGAUUCUCUGUUGGAGAAAUUGGAGGGUGGUAAUAAGAAACUCGGCAGCAUGGAGAAUAUAGGCUCGGUGAUUGUGACGCCAGUGGAAGAUAAAGACAACUUGAGCGUGAAGAGCAUGUCGCCGGAGAGGCAGAAGUCCAAGUCGCCGAAUCGGGAAGACGAGGUGGUCUCGCCGGCGUUCAGCAACGACGACUCGAACGACAACACCAAGCAGCAGCGUAGGAAAAGAAAACUCGAGAAACCAGUGAGGCUCAGCAAGGAUUCGAAAACGGAGGUCGAGGACAUGGAGCUUGAGCCCACGGAACCCUCGGAGCCGCGGGCCAUCCUCGACCCGGUGCUGGAGGAGACCGCGAAUUCCUCCUCUGUAUCGACGACGCCCGGUGUCAAACCGGAAGAGGAAGAGCGGCAUCCUGUCGCACCGACGGCGGCGGAGGAGAGAAUACCGAGCGAAAAAACGGACGAGAGGUUGGAAGAGGAGAACCAGCCGAUCCGAAGGCGGCGGAGUAGCGAAGGUAUGGCCAGUAACUCGGCGAAUCAAAGGGUACGGAGAAAAUCGAGCGACGACGCCUCCACCGAGUUCGCGAAGGCGCUGACGAGUCCGAAGAACAACGCCGCCGCAGCGAAUCCCUUCAACGAGGUCGAGUCGGAGCUGGAGAAGAUGUUCGCCGGUAUUGUAGAGACGGACUCGAAUAUCAAAAAUGAAGAAUCAAAAGCGGAAUUGGCGAGCGCGGAGAUCCAAGAUGGCGAUGACGACGCGAGCGUGAAGCUCGAGGGCCUCGAGAAUAAUAUUCUGCCGACGACGAGCGCACAUCCGAACGCCAAUCCCAUUGACGUGUCCUCCACGGUGGACGCGAAAUUCUCAGGCAAGAAAGGCAAGAAGGGCAAGGUGCAGGGUCGCAAGCGAAAGAUCUCCAGAUCGUCAGAGAAUAUUUUCGGCACGACGAGCGACGUCUUGAUCAAAGACGCGAAGAAGAGACGAACGUCCAAAGGUUCGAAAAAGCAGGAACAGUUGAAGAAAGUGAAGCGCAACACCAAGAUCGACGGCCUGAGGGAAAUGGCUUACGAUUCUGGCUCGAACGCGAGUUCCAUCAGGUCACGUGGACCGGUCGUGCACGUGGAGGGUCCGAGAGACAGUCCGCUGAGCAUCCAAGUGGUCAACGCGCCACGGGAGGAAGAGGAGGAGAAGAACAAAGAGAAGAGGAAAAGCAACGGCAAUGGGAACGCAGGACGUGGCAGUAAGAGGCUCAGCCAUCAGAACGAUUUGGAUUACAGAGGUAGAGUCAACAACGCGGGCCUCUUCAGUUCGACUCUGUCGUCGCGAUAUGACGCGCAUACACCAGAUUCGACGUGGGUCUGCGUGUUCUGUAAACAGGGCCCACACUCCGUUAUACCCGGCGAUCCGUCCAGACCGCAUCCGAACUUGGCCGGACCGCAUAUCGCUACUGGCACGUACACGGUCCCGGCGGGUGUAUCGGGCGACUUGUUUGGACCGUACUUGAUCGGCAAGGAUCGAUUAGAGGACGGCAAGGAACGGUUAGAGGAUGGAAUUCUAUCCGCCGAUGAGCAAGAGAUCACCAGAGAGCAGAAGAAGGGCGGUAAGAACAAGAGGAGCUUGAGGUACGCAGGUCUCGCUGACCAGUUCUCCGCCAAGAUGGGCAAGAAGAAACGGAACUCCGUCGAGAGUAACACAAACGCCAUGUUCACGGGCAUGACCAUGCUUCCCGGUGAGGAGCAACGCUGGGAAGUGUGGCUUCACGAACAGUGCGCGGUGUGGGCGGCUGGGGUUUACAUGGCGGGUGGUAGAGUGACGGGGCUGCAGGAAGCGGUGUGGGACGCCGCCAAAUCGAUAUGCUGUUCCUGCGGUUUGACGGGCGCGAACAUCGGCUGCGUGAAGCGAGGUUGCAAGGUCGUCUCGCAUUAUCCGUGCGCGCUGACGAAAGGUUGGCACCUCGACACGAAUCAGUACAUACCUAAGUGCAACCUUCAUCGAGUCACGUGAAACACCGGUGAGUCCCCGACAAGCGUUGUAUAGGUUGUAAUGUGGAUUUAGGUCGUAUUCAUUAUAUCAUGUGAGGAUCCGGCUUUAAUUAGAAUGCACCGAAUAAUGGGCAAUAACACAAUGUAAGGGACUAAAUAUAUAAAUUCAUUCAUGACUGAAGAAGAUAGCCUUACUAGUUAGUAAGGUAUGUUCUAGUUGACAAAGCGUGGAGCAAAACAUUCUCUCAUCGUGUGAUUGACACAAUCGCUCGCGUGUGCGACAAGAAUUGCGUUGUGAUCGGAACGUAAGAAUACCACAAUUAGCAGCGAAGUAAUUGAUGAAACUUACAAAUAAAUAGGUCUAACGCGCGCGCGCGCGAUGAAUCGAUACUCUAUAUUCCUCUCUGUUCUAACAGAUAGAAUUUAAUUUUCUCAUUUGGCAAACGAGUGCGGGAUGUUUUGAAGUGACGCUUUGUGUAUCGUUUUGAUGCAUAAGUGUAUCCUGGAGGGUGAAAGUAUAAAUGUGAGAGCGAUUAUACUAAUUUUCAGACAUAGAACCAGUAUGCUCGAGAAAGAAAAAAAAUAAGAAAACCUUCCAAUGUACAAGGUGUCUAAUACGGGAUCGCUAUUAUAAAUAAAAAUUGCAAAAUAAAUGAAAUGUGCGGCACGAGCGCGAAGGUGAAGAAAUAGAAAUUCUUCUCAAUGAUUGUGAAUUUAAUUGAUUUUCUUGGCCUGUGGCCUUGAACAGUGGCCUUUUCGACUUAAUAUAAAAAGAAAAGCAAGAUUUUUUUAAUUUUGAAUCUGUAGAAUAGACUGAUCGCUAUCGAGGAAUCAAUGAUAAUCAAAAAAGAAAAAACGAAAAAAAGAGAACAGGAAGAACAAUGAGGAGGAGACAGACAGAAGAAAAAGUGUUUGCUUUUUUACUCACCUUUACGAAACUCUAAGACACUACAAACUUUCUUAACAACAUCAUUGUACACAGGAGCGCAUACAUAGGGCAUAUUGUAACGAACGUUAUCGAACUUGAAAAUUGUAAAAACGAUGGUACGACAGCCGUCGAAAUUGGAUCUGCAUAAACGCGAUAAAAAAAAAAACUUAAAUCAGUAAGCGGAAAUUGAAUAUUCUUUGUCUUUUCUUUUGCAUGAGACUCGAGCAUAAGCAUGUGUGCAGGCAAGUGUUCUCUGAUAAGUGUAAAAAGUGAAAAAGAACUGUUUGUACAUACAAGAAGAGAGAAAUAAAAGAAUUAUAUUAUCGAGACGUGUAUCGCGUAAUUAUGUUUCAAGAAUUCAUUCGACUCAGAGACAUUUGUAUCUUUGUUUGUAUAGUCGCGAGAAUGCAUGUGCUUUGUGACGGAACCUGGCGUGUACCUGGCGUUGCAAUUAAUUUAUAUAUGUUGUAUUUGUUUUAUCGUGUCGUUGUAUAAAUCAUUGUUAUAAAUCAUUAAUUAUGUGUACACGCGCGCACACACACACAGCUACACAUUCAACAAACAAGCACACGCACGUACGCACGCAACACGCACACGAUCGUCCACUUAAAGAAUGCUCAUCACUUUUUGCUAUACUUUUAUUGAUAUUUCUUUAUGUAGAAGCCCUUUAUGACGCCAGUGUUGAUUUGUUCAUGAUCUUGCGUAUUAACAUGAACUGACGAUUUCUCUAAACAUGAUGAAGCGGGUUGUAUUUCGUUCCCGCAGAAGCCGUAUUUGAUUAUUUAUGAUUUUUUUAGAGAGAGAGAGAGAGAGAGAGAGAGAGAGAUAUUUCUUAUGCUCGCAUUGGACGAGGUCGCAUUGUGAUUUCUUAAGCUGAGAACACUUGUAAGACUUACCCCUAUGUAUCUAAAUGUAAUAUAACAAAGAACACAUCUCAUUGUACUCGGUGAUAUAUGUUUUGUACGAUGUACAUUCGCUGUCACUAUACCAUCUUCGAUGCGCGCGUAAAAUACCAGUGACUAACACUCACAUCAUUUGUAAUGUUUACUGUGUUGGCGGUUUUUAAUUGAAAUAGCUACGCAGUGUCACAGAAUUUGAUUUGUAUAUGCAUAUUAUUAUAUUUCAUUUUUCUUUGGUACAUCAAUAUUGCAGUUUUCUUUGCUAUAAUCGUUGUCACCGUUCUCAUCGUAUUUUAUAAGAGCGUGAGAGAGAGAGAGAGAGAGAGAGAGAGAGAGAGAGUGUGUGUGUGUGUGUGUGUGUGUGUGUGUGAGAGAGAGAGGAAGAGAGAAACAUAAGUUUUUGCUAUGACGAAUGUGUAAGAACACUAACGAUUCUCUUGUCGCUUCAGGGAGAACUAGCAAAAAAAUCAGGAAAAUUGUAUAAAAAUAUUAUAUAGAGAUAUAAUAUGUACAUACAUUUAUGUAGGGGAUGGUAUAUAUACGUAUAUAGAUUAUAUGUGUAUGUAGUAUACGAAUAUACAUAUAUAUUAGUUAUGUAUAUACGUAUAAAUAUAUUACACAUACACACACAAGUAUAUAUAUUGAAAAUAGUCGUCACAUCUUCUCCCACAGCACAGAGCCCGUAAAAUUAAGUAUAAUCAUUUUUAAAUAGUAACUAUAUAGUUUAUAUAUAUAAAUAUAUAUUUAAAUGUAUAAAUAUGUAUUUAUAUAUAUUUAUAUAUAUAUAUAUAUAUAUAUAUAUAUAUAUAUAGAGAGAGAGAGAUCCAGAUUAUUGAGCGUAAAAAAUUCUUUGUAUAUAUCGUGCAUAGUAACAAAUGUAAAAAAAUAUCUCAGAAAGAAUUUUAUUUAGAUGCAUAAACUUUUUUUUGUGUUAAGAAUAAUAGUAAUAAAAGCUCGAUGAAACACACAUUCAACACUUUGAAGAAGAGUAACACGAGGCCUCUUAGUUUUUAUUCUUUUUUUCUUGACACGCGAUUUCGACGCUCCUGGACGUUUAAAGCUGUUUGUAUAAACAAAGACGACGUAGCCUCAAGAAAAGAGAAGGAAAUGCCGCAUAAGUGUAAUUAAAUGAAAACAUUGAAUUGUAAACGAAACGCUUAUAUUCUACGAUUGUGUAUGAAAGGGAGACAAAAUUUUAUCUUAUAGAGAGGAUAAAUCUGUAAUAUUAAUCAUUACUUGUGAUAUAAAGAAAGAGUGAAAAGGCACACGGAUGGAUGAAAAAAAAUUUCCAGAAUGAGACAAGGUCGCAGACUUUAUCGUUCAUCUUCGUCACGUAAAAUUCUGCGUACACAGAGCGGUCCUCAUGUACAGUGCAUAGAAUUUUUGUAGCGAGUCGGUAAAUAUAACGUUGUACACACCACUUUGUAGAUCCGUCUCUGCUGCGAAUAGAUAAAUCUCUAAAUAAAUUGUCGCGUCGAGUGACAAAAAAUUCAAGAGGGAAGGGGAGAGAGAGAGAGAAAAAGAAAGAAGGACUUCUCAUAAUGUACGAUCUCUUUUUCUCUUUCUUCUCCAUGUAUAUGCAGAAUCGGUUCGCUUGAGUCGCUCGAGAAUAGUGACCGAGAGGAAGGGAGAGAGGGAAUUUUUGCGCUGUGGGGAAAAAUGUUUCGCGUAUUUGCCGUUUCGACUUGUAUAAAUGAAAUAUAAGCUCGGCUUGUAAAUUGCACUGUUGACGGGUGAAAAGCGUGUAAGAGCGGAGGAUGGGAUGGCGUGUUAAGACGUGUCAAGGACGAGAAUAGUCAAGCGCAGAGGACAAACCUGAAUAUCACAAUGCCUAAGUAAUUUGUAUAAAAGAUAAAUCUGUAAAGUAAACAAAAAAAA